AUGUUCAAGACGAUUUUAGUAGAGCUGUUGAAGAAAAAGUUUAGCCUGGAAAAUGACGAAUCACUGGCAAAGUCAAUAGAGAAUUUCAACAAACUCGUAGUCAAAGAAUUGAUAAGCAAUCACGAGCACAGUUUUGAAUUACAAGAUUUGCAGUUGUUUUCUAAAUUACUCGAUCAAAAAUUGAAACUUGUGGACUCGAAAGAAAAUACUCAAGAAAAAUCGGAAGAAGAAUUAAACCAGUGCACGUCUUCAAAUGAGCAAAAAAUAAAAAUAGCCGGUUUGCAGUUUGAUUCCAUUACGUUUGAUCCAGUCAGCUUGAAAAAUAAAAUAAUGAGUAUGAAAAAGCUGACACCGAUGUUAAUUAUCACAGGUCAAGAUAUUUCCACAGAAUUGCGAAUGUUGGCCGAAGAACUUCGACCGAAGCAGGCUGAACAAGGGAUUGUUAUUGUAGCCCUCGGUGUGAUUCAACUUGAAAAAGCCGAAUUUUGGCUUCAUAAAGCUGCUUCAAAAGGACUGUGGAUUUACUUUCAAAAUUGCCACUUGCAACUGGAAUGGCUGGAGAAACUGGAAAAAAGUUUUGCAUUGUAUAAGUCUGACUCAAAUUUGGUCCACGAAAAUUUCAGACUGUUUUUCAGCACAACUUCAGACGUGCAAAAAGUUCCACCAAACUUGAUGCAAAUCUCUAUGAAAUUUUGCACGGAAAAAUUCACAAGUGAUUUUGCCAGGAUCCAGCAUGGCAUUCUGGAAAUUUUUGAAAACUACGAUGGAAUGCAGCGGAUCCAGAAAUGAUUAAUUUAAUUAAAUUAAUGCAAAAAAAUAUGUAUAAAUAUAAAUUGUAUACAUUUUUCCAAAUUCAC